AUUCCUGUCUCUUGCUGAAGAAAUCUUGUCUUACAUUCUGAGUUUCCUUCCUUACUGAGAUAUUCUUCGGUGUACAUCUGUGGGUCGCCAUCAUUCAUGUUAUCGUUGUUCUAUAAUCUAGAUAGACUGAUGUUCUGAUGAUCCUCUUGCAGGUAUGUAGGACCCUUCGCCAGAUGUACUUGUCCUCCUCCGAACUUCAGUACAUCGUUGAAAUAAGUGGACAACAGUUGCUCAUUAUCCCCAACACGGACAAGAGUAUACCUAUUUCUAAGCGUCUGCAGCUUUUGAGAGACAAAGUUCACGCAUGGUUCAAGGUUGACACCCACCCUUUCGAAAUGGUCCCAGUACUAACAUGGGCGCCGUCAUCUCGAGACAACAUUGUUGCUGGUGGGCAUUUCUGCUUGUGGAACCCACCAAGAGACACGGCCAUGAUCUUUUCAGUACUUCCAAAGCCCUCGCAACAAUCAAUCCAGCGAAACUGGCUUCCAGGAACGUUGUGUUCAGUUCCAUACUCACGCAACCUUGAUGUAUUUAUGGACCCAGCACAAAACCUGAUCGCUGUCGCCUAUGUCGUUGAUCACAAGACAGUCUAUAUCAAUCUUGGAGCCCUGGAUGGUGAUCAUAGUCACCCUGAGGCUGCUGGAGAGAGGCUUCUGUCGGACGAUUCGGAAAACCGCUUUGAAGCAACAAUGGCAAAGCUCAAAGGUUUUGGGAGGCAUAUCGCAUUGUCGCGUCGCUGGGACGAUGAAAAUCGGGCUUCGUUCUUCAAGUGGCAGUUGCAGAUUUGGGACUGGAAAUACUCGACAACGUCCGAUAGCAUCCUCAGCGGUGCAGUACUCAACAGAAUCGUUGGCCCAGUUGAUUUUUGUUUCCUCGGGAACAAUCGAUUGCUGGUUAUAACCGAUAACUUGAAUCUCUAUUCAAUUGAGAACAUGUCUCAGAUGCCGGAAUUGCUGGCGUGUUUCCUGAUGCCCAUCCCAUUGAUGGCACCACAGUGCCUCCCUCUGAUAGAUGAUAUUGGGUAUGGCUCACAGCUGCAUAUGCAAGCCCAAGCGACGAUGUGCACCUCAGACCCUACACAUCGACUCAUAUGCCUUACUGCGCUUUCUGUUCGAAAUAGUACUCAAGUCUUCAUCAUUUCCACAAGGAUAUUCUUCGACCUCAACGAAAUGGCAGCAGCAACGCCAAUACCAUGGCAACAUUGGGGCCCCUCAAAUACUUGUGUCUUUCUGUACCCAUUUGAUUUCAAAAUUCACAUCAACGGAAACCGAGUCUUGCACACACUUCCUGUCGCUGUGACAAACAGGCGGGGUCUAGGACGAGUGGUGAAAGAGCCGUCCACGACAUGCAUUGGUGCCGAUUUAUCUGGCAGAUUUGGAGAGAGCUUGACAACAUCCCUGCCUUACGUCCAAGUCGUAUUUUGGGAGAGAAAGUUCGGUGCUGACUCAUUGUUGAGGGACAUGUGGAUCGACAAGGAUAGGGUUUAUAUGCUCUCCAGAUCAAGCUCUAUCGACAGACUUGAGGUCAUCGACGUCCAGUCUGAUUUACAGAGCGGUGUGGUAUCAACUGGUUGA